AUAAAAUAUUUCCUCUCUUUCAAGCUUUCUGAUCACACAGAAGUUAAAAGUCCCUAGAUUAAUCUUGAUAAAAGAAAACAAUGGUCCUGCGGCAGUGCUUCUCUGUCCAAGCUCUGAUGGGUCGUGUCCACCAGGAAACAAUGAUCCAUCAGAGCAGGACUAACAACCUUCUGCUUUUCUGGCAUCCUCCCUGCUUAUGAGGCUUCACACCUCUCUGAAACGUCACCUCCUGCCUCUCAAUGUGACCAUAAACAGGCCUAACUCCUGAAUUUAGAUGAGGUAUCUCAUGCUCAUCCAUCCUUUAUCUCCCACCAAACUUUUUUUAUUUCAUCACCUGAGUGUCGGGUCAGGAAUCCAACCCCAGCUUGUGUUUUAAUCAAGUUUGUCCCGCUGUGGUGUCAGAGCUGGAAGGACCGACAGCACUCAGAUGUCGCUCUAAUGGAGAGGAGGAGUUUGAUCGGAACCCGGGCAACCUGUAAAUCAAACAAACCAACAUCUAAGGUCGUCCGGCCAAUCAGAGUUAGAGAAGUGAGUCAAGAUGUUUGGAAGAAUAUCCAGUUAGAGCAAAACAUGAGAGAGACAGAUUAACAAAAACAUCAGCCUCUCCUGAUGCUGCUCUGGUGUUGAGCACAGUUUUAAGUUCUUCUUCUUGGAUACAAAGACCAAAGUCUGCACAGAUGGAUUCCUCUUUUGGGGGAACCACUCACAUCAAGACCUUGACUGUCUUUCGUUCAUGAAGCCAUCAACCAUUCAUCUGAGUCAGAGCGUCAGCGCUGAGGAGCCAGACGAGGUUGAUGGCGAGGUUCGAGUUGAUGCAGGUCACAGUGAGCUGGACUGUACUUCUGACUCUGGCUCACUUCACAUACCUGCUGGUGGGGGCCACCAUCUUCCAGGUCCUGGAGCGAGAGGCCGAGAGCAACAACCGAAACCACUUCCAACUGGAGAAGCUGCAUUUCUUGGCUAAUUACACCUGCCUGGAUGGACCAGCGUUGGAGAAGUUUGUUAAGGUGAUUUUGGAAGCCUGGGAGAAAGGAGUGAAUCCUUCGGGGAACUCAACAAACCCAAGUAACUGGGAUUUCUGCAGUUCCUUCUUUUUUGCAGGCACAGUCGUCACGACUAUAGGCUAUGGAAACCUCUCUCCCAGCACGGUUUCAGGUCAGGUGUUCUGUGUGUUUUACGCGCUGUGUGGGAUCCCUCUGAACCUGGCCUUCCUCAAACAGCUGGGGAAAUGUCUCACCAUCCACCUGGGCCGACUGGAGAGGGGAAUGGUCUCCGUUGUUCCUCAUAAGCAAACGGUGGAGGCUCUGGCUGUGAGCUUGUUCUUCAUCACAGGCAGUCUGCUGUUCCUGAUCAUCCCUCCUCUGCUGUUCAGUUACGUGGAAGGCUGGACGUUUGGAGAGGGCUUCUACUUCGCCUUCAUUACCCUCAGCACCAUCGGUUUUGGAGAUUACGUCGUGGGGACAGACCCGGGGAAGCAGUACAUCUCUCUGUACAGGAGCCUCGCAGGUAUCUGGAUCAUCUUCGCCUUGGCUUGGCUCGCUCUCAUCCUCAACAUGGGAGCCCGGAUAAUGGAGCACGCCAUUGGCCUGACUCAUCCGGGCUUUAAGAAACAAGAGGAGGAAGAAGACGUGUCGUCCAGCAAAUUGGAAGACCUGUCAAAGAUCUGAUGGACUCUGACUGAGACUACAUGUCGUGUUAAAGUACAGGACACUCAGAAAUCACAUCUAUGUGUACAUCUGUUUAUAUAUUCACCUCUCUCUAUUCUUGUUUCAAAGCUUUACUGUAUGUUGUUUGACUCUUCUUCAGUCAGGCCCACAUGUCAGAGCAGUAGAUCACCAUUAAAGAGCUGUUCCUGCUCUCUAAAGCUGAUCUACUAUCUCUCACACACACCAGUAGUUAUGAUAAACUAUAGGAAGUGAACAUGUACACAUGUAUGUUCAGCGUGUGUGUGGUCAUGUGCGACCACAUCUGCGUUUGUGUGCUGAUGGUAAACUGCGGUGAGUUGAGCUCGGAGUGCUAUCUUAAACAAACCCAUUAAUCAGAACGGCGGUGUGAGGCGACCUGGAAGCACACAGGGCUGAUUACAGGAGGAGGGCGGGGCCUGCCUGUCAGUGUGGUUAAACGUUCACCGGAUGGCGGCCGGAAGUGUAGAAAAAGCGUGAAGUGUCACUUUCUGUCUCAAAAGGAGUCAGAGGGAGAACUGUUGUCACUAAGAAGGAACUCUUAAUGAGUCUAAUGUGUGGACGAGAAGCCACGUAAACGCUGCUGUCCCUGGUAUUCAAUCGACUCCGUGACUUCAGGCACACAACCAAAAACUCCAUGAUUUGACUUUGUCGUCCUCACUGUAAUGACCGAAUCCCCCUCCUCCCCGGGAUAAAUAAAGUAUUUCUGAUCCUGA